AUGAGCUUUCUUUUACCAUCUCUCAACACAAAAUCCGAAAUUGAUGCAGUAAUCCGCAACACCGAAGAACUUGUAGUGGUAUUGCGCUUUGGACGUGCAGUUGAUGCGGUGUGUCUAGAAUUAGAUCAUAUCCUUGCAAAAGCAGCACCUGAACUUGUAAAAAUGGCGGUAAUUUAUACCAUUGAGGUGGACAAUGUUCCAGAAUAUGUACAAUACUUUGAUAUUUCCUUAAUUCCAGCAACGAUUUUUUUCUUUAAUGCUCAACAUAUGAAAGUUGAUUAUGGUACACCAGAUCAUACUAAAUUUAUCGGAUCAUUCAUGACAAAACAAGACUUUAUUGAUCUUGUGGAAGUAAUCUAUCGUGGUGCUAUGCGUGGUAAAAAGAUUGUUAAAUGUCCUCUCGAGAAAAGUCAUAUUCCUAACUAUCAACUCAUAUAUAAGGAUAUUUAG